CUCCUACAAGUUUAUUCAAUCUCACGAGCCUCUUCUCGAUUCUCAUUCAAUCGGUUCUCGUUCAACCUCCCAAAACUUAUCAUACAAAAAAAGCUUUCUGAAGUUUUUUGUUCAGAAUCUUAAAUUUUCAAUCAGAAAAUGAGUAGUUCCAACACGACGGCUCAGAAGCUGGAAGAAUCAGGCGCUAUGGACCUAACAGGCAGGAUCAUGGUGGUCGCAAUUAUAGUUCUCUUUCUAGUCUCCGCUUUUGUAGUCAUUCUUCACCUCUAUGCCAAAUGGUAUUGGCGCCGUGUAACACAAGAUGGUACUAACAUCACUCGUCGAAGACGAAUGGAUUUCGCUGCAGGCCACAAUGAAGUGGCUUCUUCCACUGACCUGCGCAAUGGUCUGGACCCUUCAUUCCUGAAAACAAUUCCAGUUGUUCUGUUCUCUCCGCGAGACUUUAAAGACGGACUGGAAUGUUCUGUUUGUCUGUCGGAGGUGUUGGAAGGGGAGCGUACCAGGCUUUUGCCUAAAUGUAAUCAUGGUUUUCAUGUAGAGUGCAUUGACAUGUGGUUUCAAUCUCAUUCUACUUGUCCGAUUUGCAGAAAUUCAGUUCUCAAUUCUAAUCCCACGAGUCCUGAAUUACCACAGGGGAUUAUGCAUAAUACACCAGAAGUAGAGUUUCCAUCUGAUGCUGGUAGGGUUUCUACAGAAGCCCUGAGCUUCCCAACAAAUGUAUUGUACUGGGGAAAUGAGGCUCAGGUCCGAACUCUGGCUUCUUGUUUGGAAGAUGAUGGCGGUGUUACUUCUUCUCAACACGUUUCUUCGUCAUCCCUUGCGUUCAGGAAUGGCGGUGAUGAUACUAAUGAUGCACAUUUGGUAAUUGAGAUACCGAGGCAGAUAAAUGAAGAGGAAGAUCAGAAGUCGCCUCUGCAAACACGGUUGAGGUCACUUAAGAAGCUUUUGAACAGAGAUAGAAAGGUUAACCCUUCCAGUCCCAGCAGUACUAUUGAUGUAGAACAAGCUGCCAGAACAAGUCAUACAUAGUCAUCAGAUUUUCCAUCAAGGAUAUCUUAUUCCUCAAUCUCCAUACUUUUCUUUGUUCAAUUUCUUUGAUUUUAGGACCAUCAAGAGUCUGAUAACAUUAUCUGCGUUUUGUAUACUUUCCCAAUAAGUGAUUUGUUUUUGU